AUGGCUAGGGUCAGGGAGAGGGAGGAGAAGGGGGGGGGGGGGGUGGGCGGGGUAGGGGCUGUGCAUGGCGCGUGCAGAGGGCAGCAUGGCGCGCGAGGCGCACAGGUCAGCAGGGCAGCAGGGCACACAGGGCUGGAGGGCAGCAGGGCUCACAGGGCAGCAGAGCAGCAGGGCGCGCGGGGCGCAGCAGGGCUGCAGGGCGAGCAGGGCUGCAGGGCAGCAGGGCGCGCGUGGCGCGCAGGGCUGCAGGGCGCGCGGGGCGCACAGGGCAGCAGGGCACACAGGGCUGCAGGGCAGCAGGGCGCGCAGGGCUGCAGGGCGAGCAGGGCGCGCAGGGCAGCAGGACAGCAGGGCGCGCGGGGCGCGCAGGGCUGCAGGGCGCACGGGGCGCACAGGGCAGCAGGGCAGCAGGGCGCGCGGGGCGCGCAGGGCUGCAGGGCGCACAGGGCGCGCAGGGCAGCAGGACAGCAGGGCGCGCAGGGCUGCAGGGCGCGCGGGGCGCACAGGGCAGCAGGGCAGCAGGGCGCGCGGGGCGCAGCAGGGCUGCAGGGCGCGCGGGGCGCACAGGGCAGCAUGGCGCACAGGUCUGCAGGGCAGCAGGGCGCGCAGGGCAGCAGGACAGCAGGGCGCACGGGGCACGCAGGGCUGCAGGGUGCGCGGGGCGCACAGGGCAGCAGGGCAGCAGGGCGCGCGGGGCGCAGCAGGGCUGCAGGGCGCGCAGGGCUGCAGGGCAGCAGGGCAGCAGGGCGCGCGGGGUGCAGCAGGGCUGCAGGGCGCGCGGGGCGCACAGGGCAGCAGGGCAGCAGGGCAGCAGGGCGCGCAGGGCUGCAGGGCAGCAGGGCGCGCAGGGCAAACAGGGCAGCAGGGCGCACAGGGCUGCAGAUCCCCUCCCCCCCACCGCUGCACCCGCAGCAGGGGGAUGGAGGAGAAGUGCAGCAGGGAGAGAGAGAGGAGAAGGGGGGGCGGGGGGGGGCUGAUGCUGCAAAUCCCCUCCCCCCCACUGCUGCUCCACUAUCCAUCACCCCCCAGGGAUGGAGAAGGGGGGGGACGGGGGGGGUUGGUGCUGCAGAUCCCCUCCCCCCCACUGCUGCACCCGCAGUAGGGGGAUGGAGGAAAAGGGGGGGGCGGGGGGGGCUGGUGCUGCAGAUCCCCUCCCCCCCACGGCUGCUCCACAAUCCUUCACCCCCCAGGGAUGGAGGAGAAAGGGGGGGCGGGGGGGGGCUGGGGGGCGGGGGCGGAGCUGCGCGUGCGACUGCAGGGCAUGCUAGCAGGAAGAAACCGCCACCCCUCUCGCCACCCCCUUACCCUCCAUGA